AUGGCUCCAGUAACCAACGGACGUCUGCUCUUCAAUGAGGUCCCCACCGGGUACCCUGAGCCGGGAAAGACAACCGUCUAUGAUCCCUUGCAGACCAUUGACCUCGAGAACGUGCCGCUCAACGGCGGUGUGCUCAUCAAGACGCUCGUCUUGUCCAUCGACCCUUAUCUGAGGGGACGGAUGCGGGACGUGAAGGUCACGACCUAUUACAACGAGUUCCAGCUGGGCAAACCGAUCGAUAAUUUUGGCUUGGGUGUCAUCCUGCGCUCCGAGGAUCCCUCAUUUGAGCAAGGAGACCAUGUCUUUAGCAACGAACUGCCGUUCCAGCAUUAUUCAAUUUUCAAGAAGCAGAACCUCGGCACACUGCGCGUGUUCACGAACGAGGAGAAGCUGCCGUGGUCGGCAUACGUCGGGGUAUGCGGGAUUCCGGGUAUGUUCCAGACCUUUGUCAUCUUUUCGAGUAAGACGGCAUACAUGGCUUGGAAGGAGUACGCCUACGCGAAGAAGGGCGAGGUCGCCUACGUUACCGCAGGCUCCGGUGCCGUUGGCUGCCUCGUGAUCCAGCUCGCAAAAGCGGACGGCCUGAAGGUGAUUGCGUCCGCCGGUACGGACAAGAAGGUGGCGUACUUGCGCGAGCUGGGCGCUGACGUGGCGUUCAACUACAAGACCGUUCCUGUAAACAAAGUCCUGCAGAACGAAGGCCCCAUCGACAUAUACUGGGACAACGUCGGCGGCGAAAGCUUCGAGGCUGCGAUCGCCACGGCCAACCGAUUCGCACGGUUCAUCGAAUGCGGCGCCAUAUCGGGCUACAACACCCAAAACCCGUACCACGUCAAGAACCUGGAGCUCAUCGUCAGAAAGGAGCUGAAGAUUUCAGGGUUCAUCGUCGACAGUCUCUACCCCAAGUACGAGGAGCAGUUCUUCAAAGAGUUCCCGAAGAAAGUGGCGAGCGGCGAGAUCAAGUACAGCGAGGAUGUCACAGAGGGCCUCGAGAAUGCGGGGCAGGCGAUUUUGGACGUGCAGAUUGGGAGGAAUAAUGGAAAGAAGGUUAUUAGGGUGGCCAGCGAGUGA